CUCGGUGCGCAACGUUCCGGCCGGGAACCGACGCCGCGGCGCUUCAGUCCCGCGCUGGCGGAAGGACAACGGUGAGACACAACCCCGUCCUUCUUCCUCCGCGCCCGUGUCUAUUCCCCGGGAGGCGGGGGGAGCGGAGCGCAUGCGUACUGUGCCCCCCCGGCACUGCCCGGGGCGUGGCCGCCUGGUGCCGCUCCCGGUCGUGGGCCCGGUCCCCGUCCGCGCCGUGGCGCCCAUGUCGCGGGCGGGGGGCGAUGGCACCGUCGCGCUGGAGCGGGCCGGGGCGGAGACGGUGAAGCGGGCGGUGGAGCUGGACCUGGCGUCUCGCUUCCAAGAGUCGCUGGUGUGUUACCAGGAGGGCAUCGACCUCCUGCUGCAGGUGGUGAAAGCCACGAAGGAUGAGGCCAAAAAGCAGCGUUACCGAAGGAGAAUAUCCGAGUACAUGACCAGAGCUGAAGACAUUAAGAAACACAUUGAAAAAGAGAAACAAGAUGGCAAAAACCAUAAGCAAAUCAGGAUAGAGGACAAUGCAACAGGUUUCAGCUACGAAAAGGUUUUCCAAGAGUACCUCACUGAGAUUCUUUCUGAAGUUUGGGUGGAGGACCCGUACAUUAGGAGUGUUCAUCAGUUGUAUAACUUUCUACGAUUCUGUGAGAUGCUAGUUAAGGGGCCGUGCAAGGUGAAAACAAUCCACCUCCUCACUUCCUAUGAUAAAGGUAGUGGGAGGAGUCAGCAGAUAAGUGGCUUGGAAGAAAUACAACAAUCAUUGAGAAAUUAUGGAAUAACACUGAAUAUCACAUUUUCUUCUUCAAUACAUGAUCGAGAAAUUAGAUUCAACAAUGGAUGGAUGAUUAAGAUUGGAAGGGGUCUUGAUUAUUUUAAGAAACCACUGGGUCAUUUCAGCAUUGGAUACUGUGACUUUGACUUGCGACCUUGUCAUGAAACAACAGUGGAUGUCUUUCAUACCAAACAUAUAAAGAAAAUGUGAUCAGAUAUGACUGCUUUUAAUGAGUGUUUUUAUAAGCAUAAAAAUGUAAGGCUGGAACGUGCUGCUUGAAUCCAGCUGUCCACCCUUAGAAGCAACGCCUCUAAGUGCUUAGUCUAGCACAGCUUUUAUAAUCUAUAGGUUUAAGAACAUUUGAGAUUUUUUCAGUGUGAGAAAGCACAACUAUACAGUUCCUCCACUGUACUUCUCCCGUAAUCUUAAUUAUCUCCCAUAAUCUUAAUUAAUACAAUCCAUGUCUAAAUUUUAUCUUGGUUUCAUAACAGACCCUCAAUACUGUCUCUCAAAGGCUCGUUUUUUGUCAUUGCUAUUUUUACUGUUAGUUUUUGUCUUGAGGCAAAUUUGGGGUUUUUUAAUCUUUAUUUGACUGCCUCACAAACAUUUGAAAGUGGGCUGCCACAUGUCCUCUUUUAUAAGCAGCCUUAUUUAUUUCCUUUAAUUCCUGUAUUCUGGUCAUGACUACUGUUAUGGUGUGUUUUGGUCAAACCCGUAAUACCUGAUUUUGCAGACUUUACUAGUAACCUCAAAUAUAACAUACAAUUUUCCAAACUCCUUGCAUAGAGACAUUUUAGGGUCAUCUUAUUUGUCUCUGCAUGAUGGAUGUUGGGUUGGAAAGGAUGCAAACAGCUGUAUUUUUUCUCCAUCACUUGCGUACGUUCUUUUAUUCUGUGAUACAUGGUCAUAUGCCUGGUUUCCAUCCUUAGCAUUAGGUGUGGAAAGGUUGCAUUAUCUUCUGCCAAACUUUUCCCUGACUUGCACGUUUAUUGUCUUUCCAGCUAGUCAUGCCAGUCUGAACUGCAGUAACCUAUUUCCUUGCUACUAAGAUAGUCCCCUAAAUAAUAGGAAUUUAUUUUAAAAUUCUGCCACAAGUUGGAUACCCUGAAACUUUGUUAUUAAUAAUGAUUCUAAGGAAUGUGCUAAUUGGAAGAAAGACAAAGUCUUUUCUUGUCUUUACUUAAUCCUCUGUAAAGCAGAAGGUAGCACCUGAGCUGCUGCUGCUUUUUCUCCUAACACAUGAGUUCUCGAUCAUUGUCAGCACAAAUCCAGCAAAGUCCUGUAUUCUGACAUGAAAAACAGGCAGUAGCCUCUUUUACAGGUCACAUCAAAGUCUUUUCAGCCUCAGGACUGAUACGUGCCUUACGUUUUCUGUAUUUUGUAAUACAAUAAGCCUCCAUAUUCUAGUAGCAUGUUCAGUGCUAGAACUUUUUCUCUGUCCUAUGUUUCUUUUUCUGGAUGGCUGGUCUAUUUCAUGAUCAUUUUUUUAUUAUUUGCUUUAUUGUUCUUUCACCUUCUAUCAUCUAAUGCUGCUUUCCUUUUAUUCUUGCUUCUAAUGCAACAAAUCUACUCCAUAGCUAUCAAGAAGAAACAGAGCUGGUCGUUGCCUUGUUCUUUGGGUCACAGUUUGCCAGUGGUUUGCCUUCUUUAUCCUUUUGCAUAAUAAUGUGUCAGCUUUUCAGUGUUACAUCAGCAAAAAGAAUAAUAUAUGUGCCACAGAAGCUGUACGCGACCAGUCAGUCCCCUCAAACAUUCCAUAGAAGCUCCCUGGCUUGCUGCUGUGAUACUAGGUUUUUGGUGAUUGUCAUCAGAUUUCUUCAGUUGUAUAUAAUAUAUGCCUAUUUUUAAUGGGAAUAAAGGUUAUUUUUUAUUAUUUGUA